ACGAGUCUCUUACUCUCUCUCUAGCCGACCCUCUGCCCUCGCCAUUCGUCAAAGGAGUGCUCGCCGUCGUCGGACGACUCCCUCUCUGCUCCGUCGCCGUCUGACUCUCGACCAGUGACCAAGAUGACCAUCGCCCUGGUCUCUCCCGCCGUCUCCCUCACUGUCUCUCCCUCCGCAAGUCCGGUAGUCUCUCGUUUGGUCUCCGAGACGGCCACAGCCCUGGUCUCUCAUCUCUCACCGGCCACCGUACUGGAGGGACUGGGGCAGGCGCUUCAUGCGAUUGUUUCCACAAUAUACUUCAUGGGACAAUCCAAAAGACCCAGAAAUACCACUGAUUAUUGGAUAUGUGUCUCCUGAUUAUUUCACUCAUUCUGUGUCAUAUUUCAUUGAGGCUCCCCUUACCUAUCAUGACUAUGCAAAUUAUAAAUUGGUCAUCUAUUCAGCUGUUGUUAAGGCAGAUGCAAAAACCAACAAAUUUAGAGAUAGAGUUUUGAAAAAGGGUGGGGUCUGGAGAGAUAUCUAUGGGAUUGAUGAGAAAAAAGUUGCUAGCAUGGUCAGAGAAGAUAAAGUUGACAUCUUGAUAGAACUCACUGGUCUGCAAACAAUAAGCUGGGAAUGAUGGCAUGCCGACCUGCCCCUGUUCAGGUGACUUGGAUUGGCUACCCAAAUACUACAGGCUUGCCUACCAUUGACUACAGAAUUACUGAUGCACUUGCCGACCCUCCUGAUACAAAACAAAAACACAUUGAGGAGUUGGUUCGUUUGCCAAAGUGCUUUCUUUGUUAUACACCUUCCCCUGAAGUGGGGCCUGUAUCUUCAACUCCUGCCCUGUCCAAUGGCUUUGUAACUUUUGGUAGCUUUAACAAUCUGGCAAAGAUAACACCAAAAGUGUUGCAAGUAUGGGCAAGGAUCCUAUGUGCAGUUCCUAAUUCACAGUUGAUUGUAAAGUGUAAACCUUUUUGUUGGGAUAGUACAGUGUAAGACAGGGAUUUCUUUCAAUGGAGCAGUUGGGCCUGGAACCACAGCGUGAUCUGCUACCUCUAAUUCUUCUUAACCAUGAUCAUA